GCAGUCUUCAUUUUGUUUUUGUUGCGCGCGGUUGUGCCUUCGCCUUGUAUGUAUAGCAGCAGAAGCAGCAGCGCCGGUCUGAGCGAGAGAGACUGACGCCCGUGUGCAUGCAUGCGAAAGGAAAAACGCUCACUUGGAUGCAAUUUUCAUUAGUGAGAAAAUUGUGAGAACCUAAGAAAGGAAAGAAAAAAAAGCAAAAACAAAACGAAAAGAAAAGAAAAGAAAAACAUUCCAGACAGUACAAUUGCAACACGACGAAAUUGACAAUACAAUUGCGCUGAUAGUUGUAGAUCCCAGGGUCCAGAAGAGAGUGUGCCAUACGAAAGGGGCACAGAGACUGUGUGUGUGUGUGUGUGAAUCGAGAACAACAACAACAAUUGCAGCGCAGUUGAACAACAACUAAAAUGCGGCGGCAGUCAACGAUGCUGGCCGCGAUAUUACUGGCUGCCAUUUUAGGCAGCACAACGGCAAUGAACAAUUCCCCGCCGCGGAUCAUCAAACAGCCCCCCACAGAUGAGCUGCUUUUCAAGGUGGCGCAACAGAACAAAGAGAGCGACAAGCCAUUCAUUAUCGAGUGCGAGGCCGAUGGACAACCGGAACCGGAAUAUAGAUGGAUCAAGAACGGCAAGAAGUUUGACUGGCAGGCGUACGAUAACCGUAUGCUGCGCCAGCCUGGACGUGGCACAUUGGUGAUCACAUCACCCAAGGAUGAGGAUCUGGGACAGUAUCAGUGCUUUGCCUCCAACGAGUUUGGCGUCGCCACAUCGAAUUCGGUGUUUGUGCGCAAGGCGGAGCUGAAUGCGUUCAAGGACGAGGCAGCCCGCAGCGUUGAGGCCGUCGAGGGUGAGCCUUUCUCGCUGCAGUGCGAGGCGCCCGAUGGCUGGCCAAAGCCCACUGUCAACUGGCUGAUACAGCAGACCAUCGAUGCGGGCAUCAAAUCGAUCAACAAUUCACGCAUGACCCUCGACCCGGAGGGCACACUCUGGUUCUCCAAUGUGACGCGCGAUGAUGCCAGCGGCGAUUUCUGGUAUGCCUGCUCGGCAACGUCAGUGUUCCGCAACGAGUACAAGAUCGGCAAUAAGAUACUGCUGGACGUCAAGCAGAUGGGCGUGAGUGCAUCCCAGAAUCGUUAUCCCCCCAAGCGGCAGUACGUGACCCGCAAGAACGAGGUGGCGCUGCGCGGCAAACGUGUCGAACUGUAUUGCAUCUAUGGCGGCACACCGUUGCCGCAGACACUCUGGUACAAGGAUGGAAAACGGGUGGAAUGGAACGAUCGCAUUACCCAAGGCAACUAUGGUAAAUCUCUGGUAAUUAGGCAGGCCAAUUUCGACGAUGAGGGCACCUACAACUGUGACGUGUCCAAUGGUGUGGGCCAGGCGCAAUCCUAUUCGAUCAAUUUGAAAAUUCAUGCCAUACCCUACUUCACCGAGGAGCCGGAGAUACAAAAUGCCGCCGAGGAUGAGGAGGUCGUAUUCAAUUGCAAGGCCGCCGGACAUCCAGAGCCGACCAUUCAAUGGAUACACAAUGGCAAGCCGAUUGCGCAAAGCGAACCAAAUCCUCGACGCACCGUUACCAACAACUACAUUAAGAUCGUGAAUCUGGUGAAGAAGGACACGGGCAAUUAUGGCUGCAACGCCACCAAUUCCCUUGGCUAUGUCUACAAGGAUGUGUACCUCAAUGUGCUCGCCCUGCCCCCAGAGAUCCAGGAGCCACCACGCGCCGAGGCCACCGUCAACGGACGCAACAUCACAAUGCGCUGCCGCGUCUUUGGUGCACCCAAGCCCCAGGUGAAAUGGCGCCACAAUAAUAACUGGCUGACCGGAGGUCGUUACAAUGUGCUGCCAUCGGGCGAUCUAGAGAUACAGGAGGUGACCUUCGCCGACAAUGGCAAUUACACGUGCUUAGCGGUCAACAAGUUUGGCAAUGCGACGGCCGAGGGUUCGCUGGUGGUGAAGGAGCGCACCAGGAUUACACAGGAGCCGCAAAACUAUGAGGUCGCCGCCGGCCAAUCGGCCACAUUCCGUUGCAACGAAGCACACGACGACACCUUGGACCUGGAGAUCGAAUGGCUGAAGGAUGGCCAACCGAUUGAUUUUGAUGCAGAGGCACGAUUUGUGAAGACCAACGACAAUUCUUUGACAAUUGCCAAGACCAUGGAGCUGGAUUCGGGCGAAUACACGUGCGUUGCACGCACUCAACUGGACGAGGCCACGGCCAAGGCGAAUCUCAUAGUGCAGGAUGUGCCGAAUGCGCCCCGUUUGAUAGGCAUCACAUGCCAGGCCGACAAGGCAGAGAUCUCCUGGGAGCCGCAAGGUGAUAAUCGUUCGCCCAUUCUACACUACACGAUCCAGUUCAACACCUCGUUCACGCCCGCCUCCUGGGAUACGGCAUACGAGAAGGUGCCCAGCACGGACUUCUCAUUUGUACUGCAAAUGUCGCCAUGGGCCAACUAUACGUACCGUGUGAUUGCUUUCAACAAGAUCGGACCAUCGCCGCCGUCGGGACAUAGCGAGCCGUGCACCACACAGCCGGAUGUGCCGUUCAAGAAUCCGGACAACGUUGUCGGCCAGGGCACAGAGCCAGAUAAUUUGGUCAUCACAUGGACACCGAUGCCGGAGAUCGAACACAAUGCUCCGAAAUUCCAAUAUCGUGUCAGCUGGAAGCGUGACAUACCCGGUGCCGCCUGGGAGAACAAGGACAUCUUUGAUUGGCGCCAGAACAAUCUCCUGAUCCCCAAUCAGCCGACAUUCGUCAAGUAUCACAUCAAGGUGGUGGCCAUCAAUGAGCGCGGCGAAUCGAAUGUUGACGCCGAGGAGGUGAUUGGCUACUCUGGCGAGGACCGUCCCCUCGAGGCGCCCACUAACUUCAGCAUGCAGCAAGUAACCAGUGCAACCCAUGCUUAUGUGGGCUGGAAUCCGGUCAGCGUGGAGUCUGUGCGCGGCCAUUUCAAGGGCUACAAGAUCCAAACCUGGACGGACAAGGAGGGCGAAGAGGGCCUCCGUGAAAUACACACAAUCCAGAACGGUGCGCUCGUCACACAAUUCAAGCCCGACUCCAAGAACUAUGCCCGCGUCCUGGCCUACAAUGGACGCUUCAAUGGACCGCCCAGCGCUGUGAUUGAUUUUGAUACGCCCGAGGGUGUGCCGUCAUCAGUGCAAUCGCUGGAGGCUUAUCCGCUGGGCUCAUCUGCCUUCUGGCUAACCUGGAAGAAGCCGCUCAAUCCCAAUGGCAAGCUGACUGGCUACAAAAUCUACUAUGAGGUGGUCAAGGGCAGCUAUGUGGGCGAACGACGCGAAUAUGAACCCCACAUCACCGAUCCUCGCAUCACACGCAUGAAAAUGGCCGGUCUGAAGCCCAAGACCAAGUACCGCAUCUCCAUCACAGCCACAACCAAAAUGGGCGAGGGCACCGAGCAUUACAUUGAGAAGACCACACUGGGCGAAGAUGUUGAGCCGCCAUCCACACCAUCCCUAACUUGGGAGCCGAUCCAGUCGCCAAAUGGUCAGCCUACCUACCGUAUAAAUUGGGUGCCCAGCACUGAUGGCCGUUCGGGCUCACACUUCUUCACCAAGUAUAGAAUCAAGGGUGAAACGGAAUGGACCAGCAAAGAACCCGAGAAAUCAGUCGACUAUCAGGAGGUGGGCAGCCUCGAUCCGGAUACAGUUUAUGAGUUCCGCGUUGUGUCGGUCGAUGGACAUUAUCACACGGAGAGCGCCACCCACGAGAUUGACACGAACAGCGCCGAGGGACCCAUAAUGGUGCGCAACGAGACUCUGGCGAAUGCCGGCUGGUUCAUUGGCAUGAUGUUGGCUCUGGCCAUCAUCAUUAUCCUGUUUAUCAUCAUUUGCAUUAUCCGUCGCAAUCGUGGUGGCAAAUAUGAUGUGCACGAUCGCGAGCUGGCCAAUGGCAGGCGUGAUUAUCCGGAUGAGGGCGGUUUCCACGAGUACUCGCAACCUUUGGACAACAAGAGCGCUGGUCGCCAAUCCGUUAGUUCAGCGAAUAAGCCCGGCGUGGAGAGCGAUACCGAUUCGAUGGCCGAAUACGGUGAUGGCGAUACAGGUCAGUUCACUGAGGACGGCUCCUUCAUUGGGCAGUAUGUGCCCGGCAAGCUGCAGCCGCCGGUCAGCCCACAGCCGCUGAACAACUCCGCCGCAGCGCAUCAGCAGCCGCAGCCCGUUGGAGUCAAUGCUGGAGGAGGAGCCAAUGCAGCUGGCCCUGGCAGCAGCAGCGGUGGCGGCGGCGCUGCCACGACGAGCACAGCUGCCGUUGCCACCUACGUCUAAGAGGCGUGGCAGCCAGCAUAAAGAUUGCGUUCAGUUCGUGCAUUCAAAAACUACGCCCAAGUUUAUUAACUAAUUCUGUGUGUGUGUGUAUGUUAGUAUGUGUGUGAGUGUGUGUGUGUGUGUGUGUGUGUGUGUGUGCGUGUGCGUGUGUGUAAACGAACAAAAAUUAAACUGCUUUAAUUGUCUGCAAAAAAUAAAACGAUUUACGAAAUUUAAAAUUAAAAAACAAAAAAAAAUGCGCAGUAAAAAAUGUAUUUAAACUCGCAUUUUAUUUGCUUAAAUAUGUAAAUUAGAUCUUUUUCAAUGUAUAAAAAACAAAUCUGGAAAUUGGGCGCAUUCAGCAAAAAAUUCUGAUAAAAAUUAUAUUUUUCCACCUCAAACAAGAAGUAAAUUUGUAAGAUGCAUUUUUGUUUAUUGUUUUGCAAAUUUGUGUGUUUUUGUAUUGCAAGCAGCUAGAAAUCGUGAUCAAUCAUGAUUGAUCAGAAUUGUCUCUGGAAUGCGCCUAUUUUACUUUUGUUACAAUCAAAUCAAAACAAAUUCAACUGAGAAAAAAACGAAAAUCCAACAAAAAAAAAAAUGCGAAAAUAAUAUGGAAAUGAUAUCGUUGCAAGUUCAAAUUUGUGUCUUUUUGUGUGUGAAUGUUCUUUUUUUUGUGUAUGCAAUUUUUUUUAAGCAUUUUAGUUGGUUUUGCACAUUGAAAAACUAAAAUGUAAUAAUGUAUUAGUACAGCUUUUAUAGUGUAUUCGUAGUCGUAUGCAUAGCCCUUGAAAAUGCCAGAUUUUUUCGAAACAGUGGGCCCAGCAUUGCAUUUUGCAGCUAAUUGAGUGUGGCCAGAUAUCUUCAAUUUCGCUUUAAACCAAAAUAUAUCUUAUGAAUUUUGAACAGUGCAAAUAUUUUGCAAUAUGAGCGCUUCACGGGAAUCGUACACAAGCAUACACCACGGGUCACUUGAAUAGAUACACAGUGUUGAAGUUGCAAGAAUCAGUGAAUAAAUUGUCAAACACAGGCCCUGAUAAUAUUAAGUUUCUUAAAACAGAACUGAAAUUACGGACUUCAAAACGAGGCGACGACUUUAAAAUAAUAUGUAGACCAAUCGCAAUUUCAUAUAUAUAUUUACAUGAUCAUCUACUUAGGCAAUGAAAUCGGCUCUAAAUAUGUAAAAACAAUAAACCUAGACAGUUAGUAAAAGUUGAUUAUUAUAAUUAAUUUUGUAUUAAGACAAUGUGAGGCUAAACUGUUGUAAACUCAAGUCAUAAUUCAUGAAUAUGUAAUCGAAAUCUUGCUGCCACUUUAAAGAUUAGGAGUUUGAAAUCGUAAUCUUUAGCUUACUCUGACUAUAAAUAGGUAAUAAAUAUAAUGUAAAACAACUCGAUACUUGAUCUAUGGAAAUUGUAAUGUGUCUGAAUAUAACUUAGAAUACAAUUUUCAUUUCAUUUGGAAAACUGGCACACAGAAAUUGCGAUCUGGUCCUUAAUGUUAUAAUAUAUAUAAUAGUUCAUGAAACCAAAUCUAAGAAAUCAACUUAAAAGCUGCAAUUUUGAUAUGUAAGUCUUAAAAGUGAGCAAUAUCAAGCUAGCUCCAUAUUGCUUGCUGCAUUUAAAUGAUAUAUAGAAAAAGCAAAACUGAAUGCAAAUUGAGCACUGUGUAGUUAUGCCAAGUGUUUUUGUGCAGUGUACGUAUACUAAUCUCUUGGUCAAUCAAUCAAUCAACACUAUUUAUGCAAUUUUUUGUACAUUUACAACAAUAUAUGUGUUCACAGUUGAGAGGGAGACAUAGAGAGCGCGAAAGGAGAGAGGAAGAGAGAGAGAGAGAGAGAACGAAAGCAAAUUGUCAAGAAAUCGAAAUUUCGAACACCGUUCAUUUUGAGAAUUGUAAUCUCUAGAUAAAAUGCGCCUGUACAAAGCAAGAAAUUGAGAAUUAAAAAAGGAGGAAAAACCGAAAAAAAACAUAAACUUUUAAGCUUAACAUAAACUUUG